GAGGAGGGCAGCGGCGCGCGGCCAGGCGAGCGGGGUCCCGCAGCAGCCCCUGAAGCGCGCCCUCGGGGGGCUUGUCAAUGGGGCCGGGGUGAUGCGAUGGUGCCGCCCGGGCAGCGCUUCCCCGCCAGCCGGUGCUCACGCGCAAGCCGGCGCGUCAAGGGCGAAGGGAAAAGGGACCGGGGCGGAAUCAAUGGCAGGCGGAGCCCCACGCCCGGCUGAAUGACUAGAUGGGGGCAUGGAUGGAGCCGCGCCGCGCCGCACCAUGAGGAUCCGGCUCGCCCUGCUGCUGCUGCUGCUGCUCGCCUUGGCGUGCGUCCCGGCCCUGGGCUCGGACCUGGGGGACGCCGCCGGCCAGGGAGCCUCCAGCGCCGCGCCGGGGUCGCUGCUCGCGGGGGAAGGGGCGUCCCUGCCUCCCCCGCCGCCGCCGCCCUCUCCGUCCCCCCCUGCCCGAGAAGAGGAGGAGGAGGAGGAGGAAGGCGACGCCAAUGAGCUCAGCGCCUGGGCGUCAGCGGGCAAUGCCACCGAGGCCCCCGGAGAGAAUGAGCCCACCCCCGGGCCCACCGGCCAGAGGCUUGCGACGACCCCCGGCCCUGCCGGCACGGCCGCAGCCUCCCCCUCGCCGGCUCCGACAGCCGCUCCCCGGGAAGGACCAGCCCCGAGCAUCCCUGGCGGCGCCAGCCCUGGCAUCCCGACGGCAACGCCUGCCGAGGAGGACGACGAGCUGGGGGGCCACAGCGGCACAGAUGUUUUCUGUAACUGCAGCUCUGUUGGGAGUAUGGGCCUGAACGACUGCAACACGACUACGGGACAGUGCAAGUGUCACAAGGGCUACACUGGCCAGCAGUGCAACGGAUGUGAGGCCGGCUACUAUCCUGAGCUCAGCAGUGCGCGCUGCCUUCCAUGUGGCUGCCAUUCCACAGGCUCUGCCUCCUCUUCCUGUGACAACUCUGGAAGAUGUCUGUGUAAAGCUGGAGCAACGGGUCCAAAAUGUGCCGAAUGUCAAGCAGGGUAUUCCAAGUUCAACAGAACCACUUGCGAACUGUGUCGGUGCAAUAACCAUUCCAAGAACUGCAAUCGCGAGACAGGCACUUGUCUGGACUGUCAGGGGAACACGGAAGGCGCUUAUUGUGAAAAAUGUAAAGACCAGUCCUACCGAAACAUCUCACAUCACCACGAGUGUCUCCAGUGCCCUUGCUCCAUGGUAUUUUCUACUGGUAGCUGUCGAAUAAAGUCUGGUCACCGCACACCAACCUGUGACAAGUGUAAACCUGGCUACACUGGUGCCCUCUGCACCCAGUGCGACAAUGGCUACUAUAACUCUGACAGCAUCUGCAUAAAAUGCCAGUGUAAUGGGAAUGUUGACCCAGCUCGGUCACCAAGAGUCUGCAAGCCAGACACGGGAGAAUGCAUCGGCUGCCUUUAUCACACAGCUGGGCUUCACUGCGAAAUGUGUCGGGAAGGUUACAUCAAAACUCCUGAAGGAGGAAACUGCACCAAGAGAGAACGCAUUUCUAGUGAAGACAGAGGAUUGAUCGCUCCAACUUCCAACAUCAGUGGGCCUACAGCUUUCACAGCGAUAGCUGUCAACAGCACGUCAGUCCAGACAACGGUGCCGCCUCUUUUCCCCAUCAGCUCCUCUGACAACAGCACCUCGACUUUAGCUGAUGUUUCCUGGACUCAGUUCAACAUUAUCAUUCUUACAGUCAUCAUAAUUUUGGUCGUUCUGCUGAUGGGCUUUGUGGGAGCUGUCUACAUGUACCGGGAAUACCAGAACCGGAAACUGAAUGCCCCGUUUUGGACCAUUGAGCUCAAGGAAGACAAUAUCAGCUUUAGCAGCUACCAUGACAGCAUUCCCAAUGCGGACGUCUCAGGCUUGUUGGAGGACGAUGGGAAUGAGGUGGCACCCAAUGGUCAGCUGGCGUUAACAACUCCCAUGCAUAACUACAAAGCAUAACAAAAGCAGAACUAAAAGGAUUCACUUCAAAGCCUCUAAGCGGCUCAAACUAAUACCGUGUUCAUUGGGGGGAAGUACCACUCAAUGAUACCACUGUUCUGGGCAAAGAAAAUGCCCGGCUGUGCUGGCAUGGCAAAGCUCUGUCGUUAGCACCAAAUAAGGUCUGGGCAGCAGAGAUGCUAGAGGAGUCUUGGGUAAAGAUUGUAUUGGGUUCAUAAUUUCCCAUCAAAAUCCAUAGAUGGCACUAUGGACCUUAACUUGUAUUUAAAAAAAAGAGGGGGGGGAGUCCUUUUAAAUAUAUUUUUGUAUGAGACAAUGAUGGAGGCAUACCAAGAAGUCAGUUCAUUCUUGGUCAAAAGCAAUGUUCGUUCUGAGACCUAAUCUUCAAGCUCCUGUUUUGAGAAAUGGAUGGUGACAAUAGUGAACUUGAUGUUGGAUAUUUUAUUUCAUUUCCUGAUAAUUUUAGUAUUUAAAACAAAACAAGAAGUCAUAUUCAUUUCGCAGAAUGGCUAAAGGCACCCCGAUGCAUACUCCACAGCAAUCAAGGAUUUUAGUUCUUCUUUGAUUCCCACGUUGCAGAAAAGAAAUCGGCUGUUUGUUGAGAAACGGACAAGAUAUGUCAGCCUCUCUUCCUUGUCUGCGACCUUCCUCCCAAGUUGAGGAUGCUAUUUAAAAAACAAGAAUCUCUCUUUUUUGUUAGCUUUAAUGAACUUAGACCGAAUUCAAGGAAGUGAGAAGUUGCAGAGGCAGCGCUCUCGUGAGUCUCCUAUCCUAAGCAGAAGCAGUAUGUAUACCGAAUGUAAGAAAAGAUUCCUAGACAUCGUAUUUGUAACUAUUUGUACAAAAAUAUCACAAGUCAUAUUUUAUUCCUUUAGAUUUUAUCUGUACAGUGGUUCACGGCAUUGUGAAAAAACAAAAGCAAAACCAAACCAACGAAAAAGCAAGUAUUGUUUAAAAGAGUUGUAAAUUUAGAUAGCAAUAUGGCUGGAGCUGGGUCUCCAGCAAUGGUUCGUUGCUCGUUUUUCCUCUUCUGACGAUAUGAAUUACUUUUUGGCUUUAAACCAGUUAUUUCCCUUGCUUUUUUGAAUCAUACUUAUCCUCAUUGCCCCACUUCUCCUUACUACAGAUGAGUUUACCUUGGAGGCAUUGGUGAAUGCUUGGCAACCAGACAUGAUUCUUGGAAAAUGGAUGCUUACACAAAAUGCAGAUAUGAAAAGGAUGCCGAGAAGCAUUAUCAGGAACAUAGAAGGCCCCUGCCAGGACAGGAUUUGAGUGUUUUUCUGCUGCUGAGGAUCCCCUACACAAGUGAAGGGAUUCCCCAGAAUGCAACCUUGAAAUGAGAUCUGUCAGAAAUAUUGAAGAUGUACAGAGGUUGAGGACGGCACGCUUAAGUUAGACAUGAAUUGUCUGCUCUGGAGUUCCAGGUCCAUAGCUACAGGCUGAGAACAGCAAGGAGGGGAGAAUAUUCAUUGCAUCUUUGGUAUUAGGUUUGCAUUUGGAACCUGAAAUGCUCCUUGUUCUCAGCAUUUCAGACCUGUAGACAGCUGCAGUACUACACGACUGCCCUUAUGGUGUGUUCCAUUCCACCUGGACUAGAAAGUUCCUGUUUUCAUGGUGGCAUGAUUGGUAUAGUCCACAAGUAUGGGGGAACUUCUCACUGCCUUUAUAAUGUGGAGGUGCAUUUGUAUGGGAGUGCAGGUUGAGCUGAAGUCCUUUCAUUAACUCAGUCUGCUAGCAGGGAUUAUUAACCAACCCCCGCUUCCAUGAGGAGUUGUUAACCUUCUGAAAUAAAUUCCGACGGAGGAGGAAAACUG